AUGGCGAGCGCGACGAGUGAGGGCUACUGCAACCACCUGCGCGGGCAGCUGAAAGAGUGGGAGAGGGCGUUUCGCAGCAGGAAUGGCCGCUUCCCCAAACAGCGUGACUUCGAGGCGCUCGACAGCGACGCUUCGGCUAGAGGCAGACUCGUGCACGCGGCGUACCUCGCCCUGAACCGAGCCACGGGCGACAGCUUUACCAAGGUCCAACCGAGGUCGGGCUCGUCGCUAGCCGCUCCUCUCGCCCAAGGGAAAGCGGGGCAGCUAAGACCCAAGGUCAACUCCGUUCUCGCAGCCGGAGAUGGCCACCGCCGCAGCGGCCGCGGCGCGGUAGCGACAAGCAAGAACCGCCUCGAUCGGAGUUCCAACGGUGCCGCCGGUGUGCAUGUGUCGAGUCGCGCUAGGGCCAUGGGAAUGAGCGCCACGGCGACGAAGGAGCCGGCAGGCGCAGCGGCGGUGACAAAGCCAGAGAGAAACGCGUCGUCAUCCCUCGCUCGGGGAGAUAACAGCAAGGGCGGUGUCCCACGCCUUCGUGACUCAUCUCGUUCGGUGGAAGGGGCUGGAUGCGGCGGUGGGUCACCCGAACGCCGAGGUGGUGUCGGUGGCGGUAGAAGCGCCCUCGCACGUGCUAGUAGUAGCAGAGGGGCAGCAGGGGUGCAUGCGGCGAAUGGAGAGCGUCGAGAACGCGUUGGGAAAGAUUUGGCGGAGGCGGCCGACACGAUGCCGCCCUCUUCUGCUGGGAGCCGAGCGAGAGAGUGCGCCGGCGGGGUUGGCACGCUCGACGCCGGAAAACCGGAUGGCGGCGCGAAUGGCGACAGCGGUGGCGCGACGGCCUCAGGGAGUAGUGACCAUAGCACCAGCAGCUCUGCGUUUUAUGAUGACGAGGGCCAGGGGGGGGCGCAUGAGUACGGAGAAUCGCCGGAGCCUGAGAGAGAGCUGGCCCCCGAGCGUCGGGUGACGCGCAGAGUCGGAGGUGCGGCGCGAGGUGGCAGGAGCGCUGUACCAGGUGCGAGCCGCAGCAACGGCUUGCGGUCGUUCCGCGCGGAUUUCGGCAGGGGGGUAGUGACCAAGAAGUCCCGCGCCACCGGGGAGCGUUUAGGUGGUAAGGAUUUCUCUUCCGCAAGCGCUAAUGCAUGCUCCGAGGGGGUGGCGGGCCCUGGCCGGCGAGGGAAAGGCUCAGCGAAGGUGACGGCGUCGGCGGGUGACGAGGCCGGCCUAGCUGUGGCCAUGAUGGACAUCCUCCAGUCGCCUGGGUCGAUGUUGUCCGCCAACACCACCCCCUCUGGUGCCGCACGCGUCGGCGAUGGCUCGCGAGACAGGCUAGGCGAUACUGUCGCCGCUGCUUCGGGCCUUCUUCCGACGGCGGCGAACAUCGUCAAUACCGUCGGCGGCAGCGGCGGCGGAGCAGGCGCGGCUUUUGGUGGAUCCUCGUUGUCUCACUCGUCGGGGGGUCUGGGCGCGCCGGGAAUGGUCGGGGCAAAAAAGAAGAGGCCCGCCGCUGUGGUGGCAAAGGCGGCAGGAAGUACGGCUGAAGGUGCUGCAACGAUCUGCGGCCCUGGGUUGGUGGCCUCCUCCUGCUCUAGUGGUCCACGGCGUACCGGCGGCGGCGGCGGCGGCGGUAGCGGCUUGGAAGAGGACUGGCGCCUGCGAGCGUCCCGUGCUGUGGGGAGAGUGCGGGAAGAGGAAGAGGCGGGCGAUACAGCAUCGGUGGCGGCGGCGGUGGCGGCGGCGGCUGCAGCUAAGGCAGCGGGUGCUAUGGCCGACGGUGGUGGCCCGGAAGGCACGCACGGGGGAACGUCGCCAACGCUGACAAGCACCACGCCCCAGGGGCCGCAAGGCUCGCGGGUCACGGGCAGCGGCAACGCCACCAGCACGGCCGGCCGUGAAGCCAUCGUCGCUGGCAACAAACAAACCUCUGCCACCCCCUCCUUAGGAGCAGGCCGCAUAAGCGACAGCGACGAAGAUGGCGGCGGCGACGACAGCGACUGGAGCCUGGGAGGUGGAGGCGGUACGAACGCCAGCUCCACCACUCGUCAAGGGAAGACAGAAGCGGCGGCGCACGUGCGCGACCACGAAGGUGAUCCCGCUUCCGAUCGGGCUCGAAGGGCUAGCGCGGCCGGUGUGCAGCCGGUGCCGGGGCGGGUACCUUCUUCCCGCGCUGUCGGCGGCAGAAAGAAGGCGAAGCCCGCCAAGAAGACGACGGAGGUUAGCGACAACUUCGUUCGGGCGGACCUCAAGAGCAGGGGCAGCAGCCGCUUCAAGCGCAAGGGCAGCGGGCGUAGCAAGGCCCGCGGCGGCUCCGGCGGCAGAAGCUUCGGCGGGGGCGGCCGCGGCGGCGGGGGUCGUUGGGGAGGCCAGGGGUUUGGUGGCCGGGGAGGGGGGUUCCGGGACGGGAGCUCGAAGUGGGGGAGCGGAAGCAAGGGCAGGGAGGACCCGGUGACGGGGGAGAAGGGAGGGGCUCCACGGGAUAGACCGCUGUCUUGUGGUGCGGCGAAGAACCGCGCCGGCCUCGACGUCCUGGAUCAGUGCUUGGACGCCCUGGCCGUGGUCACCGGGGGCGACGCGGGCGGAGGUGGUGGUGGCGUUGGCGGGGGGGGCUGCGACGAGCAGGGAAACAGCCGACCCUUCGAGCGUCCUAGAAACGCGAGGGAAGAAGAAGAGCUAUUCCUUCGACUGGCGCCGAGGUGUCCGCAACACCAGCGUGCGGGGAAACUCUUGACGGUUCGGAAGACCGGCCUCAACAAGGGGAGGAAGUUCUACGCCUGCAGCCUUCCCCGAGGGGAGGGUUGUGACUUUUUCAUGUGGGCCGAGGACAACCCGGCCCUGGUGCUUUCGGAACUCACGCUUCAAGAGACCGGGGAGGAGUGGAGGCAGCGCAAGAACGCGCUCCUGAGCAAGUCGCUGGCGAAGCUACCCAUCUCCGAGCUGAAAAAGGAGCUCAAGAAGCGGCGUUUGGGUUGUGGUGGGAAGAAGGACGUGCUCGUCGCAAGGCUGGUGGAUCACGCGGCCUCGGAGCUGGAGUCCUCGACGACCUCCUGCGUGCUCGUAACACCUGCGCCAGAAAAAGAAAACGUGAAACCGUCAACGAGAAAACGCGACGGGAUUUCUUCUUCUUGUCGGGCCGCCCUCGCCGUCCGCGCGCACGCGAAGAGAGACGACGACAGCGGCGGCCACUCGAACGGAAGAAGAGAAGGCGAGAGCAGCAGCGGUGGGAGCGGCGGUGGGAGCAGCGGGGGAGAAGACGAUGACGACGACGACGGUGAUUCCGAUUUCGAGUUCGCUUUCGCGGAAGGCGUCAAGCCGGCGGCGUUCCCGGCGACUGCGCCAGCGGGGGCUGUUUCCGAGUUGGAGACUGGGAGGGCGGCGGGAGCGGGUGCCUGCUUCUUGUCGCGGCUGCCGGUUCCGGAGACAGACGGCGAAGACCACUCCACUACUGCCGCGGAGAAACAUGGCGGUGGCGGUGGCGGCGGUGGCGGCGGCGGUGGCUCCGCCAAGAGCGGCGAAAGCGAUGGCGGCGGUGAGGACACGGGCGGGACACCGGGAGCGGUAGACCCUGCUUCUUACGUCACCGACUGCUCCGGCAUCGAGGGCAAUGGCGGAGUCGACGGUACGUCGGAGGCGGUGGGGACCGUGGUGUUGUCGGAGGGACGUGGGAGAAAGAGGCCCCUGGAUGCUGUCGGAGAGGAUGCGGAGGACAGGGGUGACGCCGAUGAGGACGAGGAGGGGGGGGUGCGUGGAGAGGACGAGGAAGAACCGGCUUGGGCUAGCCUAGUUGAAUCGGACGACGAAGAGGAGGAACGGGAGGAGAAGGAGGAGGAGGAGGAGGAGGAGGAGGAGGGGGAGGAGGAGGGCGGUAGUAGCAGCGGUGCCAAGUCGGCGGAGGAAGGAGGCGACCCUGACGACGACAGCGCUUGGUCGGAAGAGGAAGAGAGAGCAGACCGACCUGAACCAAGACGACGGAGGAAGGCUAGGACUGGAAGUGCCAACAGCGACGACGACGACGAUGAUGGCGGUGGUUCGGACCUGCCGCUCACGCCGGCCUCGGCGCUGCGGCGAGUAUUCGGCCACAAGGCGUUCCGGGAGGGGCAGGAGUGGGGGGUGGCGAGGGCGAUGGGCGGGCAGGCCAGCCUUCUUGUGCUUGCCACGGGCACGGGGAAGAGCCUGACGUACCAGCUGCCUGCGCUGCUCCUGCCGGGGAUCACGGUGGUGGUGUCUCCGUUGGUGUCGCUCAUGGAGGAUCAGAUGGCCAACCUUCCGCCGCAGCUGCCGGGGGCGUCGCUGAGCGGAAGCCACGGCGGGCUGCGGGAGGUGGCGGGCACCGUGAGGGACUUGAAGGCCGGCAGGGUCAAGGUGCUGUUCCUGUCACCGGAGAAGCUGUGCUCGCCGUCGUUCCGCCGCCUGGCCUCCACGCCGGGAGCCCUGCCGCCCGUGUCCUUGCUCUGUGUGGACGAGGCGCACUGCGUGUCCCAGUGGUCGCACAACUUCAGGCCUUCCUAUCUCCGGCUCGGGCAGACCCUGGACUUGCUGCGCCCCCGAGGGGUUCUGGCGCUGACGGCGACAGCGAGCAAGGCCGUGGUGGAGGACAUCUGCACCACCCUUAGGAUCCCCCGCAAGGACGGCGUGAAGGUCGGUUCCUGGGACAGGCCGAACUUGGACGUCCGCGUGUUGAGGUCUGCUUCCGACGAUGACAAGCGCAGCAGCCUCUCGAGACUCUUGCAGGAGGCCCCUCUGGACAAGGGCUCCGUGGUGGUGUACGUCUGGCGGCAGGUCACCGCCGAGGCCGUGUGCGCCCUGCUCCAGGGGGACGGGCACAACGCGGUCGCCUACCACGGGGGUAUGGAGGCCGGGGCGCGGCAGAGGGCCCAGAACGCCUUCAUGAGGGGGAGGUCGCGGGUGGUGGUGGCAACGGUCGCGUUCGGGCUCGGGGUGGACAUGAGAGACAUCCGGGGCGUCGUGCACUUCGACAUGCCCAAGAGCAUCGAGAACUACGUCCAGGAGAUCGGGCGUGCGGGUAGGGACGGGAGGAGCGCGAGGUGCUGCCUCCUCCUCUGCGACAAAGACUUCGUCACGCACCACAGCCUUUCGCACUCCAAGGGGCUGGAGCUUGUCCAGGUUCGAGGACUGAUGCGCAGCAUCAUGGCCGACGCGCCUCAGGGAAUACUCGGCGAAACGGCGAAGAAAAACCCCUCAGGACCUAGAGACCAGUACGACGACGAUGAGGACAACGCGGCCGGAGGUGGCGACGAGGCGGCGGGACUCCAUAAGGCCUUGUCCGUGGUGGACUUAGAGUCCCGUCUCGAUGUCGGGGGAGAGGUCGUUGAAACCGUGCUCUCGGUUCUUGAGGGGGAGCCGUAUCGAGGAUUGCAGUGGCUGCUGAAACUCCACGCAGUGAUGGACGAUCAUCUGGUGGUGCACUUUCGGAAGAGACGGCCGUCCCUCCUUGCCGAAGGGGAGCCUGCCAUUGGCCUCCUGCUUGCCCUGGGCACCGUGGAAGGCCUGCCUUCGAGCGGGAAGGGGUACAGCUACGGCCACGGCUCAGCGAAGAUCAGCCUGGUGAGGCUGGCGGAGGCGCUGGGCUGGGCGCCCACGGCGGUCGUCCGCGAGCUAAGGAGACUACAGUUCAUGGGGGAGGUGGAGUACUCCCUCUCCCAGAGGAGCUUCCACGUCACUCUCCUCAAGGGGCUGUCUCCCCGGGAACUGGAAGAGGUCUGCCUCGAUUUGCAUCGCACGCUAUCCACGGCGGAGGCCUCCGAGGCUCAAAAGGUGGAGGCGGUGUACCUCGCGCUCGCCGCAGAAGCGGUCGUCGGAGAAGGGGGCGGAGGACAGGAUGACCCCGGGUCCUCCUCCUCCUCCUCGUCCUCCCCGCCACGAACGAGCUCCGGCAAGAAGCGUGCCCGCGGUGACGGCGAAACGGUUACAACCGCCGCUGCCGUAGGGGGCUCUGGUGGUGGUGGUGACAGCGGGAGCGGCGGCGAUGGCAGGGACACACCGGCCGCGAACGCAAGGGCGAGGUCAGUCCUCCACGCCACCAUCAGCCGCUACUUCGACGAAGGCUGCGGCGGGGGCGACAAACACGUCAACAACGGCGGCUCUCCCGGCUCAGCCAGCGGCGGCGGCAGUUCGCCGGGCCCCGCCGACCCAUCGUGCGCGACCGUGGACGGCGGGCGGCGCCCGUCGGCAGAGGAAGCAACGGAGGUGGCGGUGGAGGCUCUCCCACACCGGCCGCUGGACAAACGAGCGUGUGAGGUGCUCGUGAGAGACGCCUCCGUCCUAGUGACAGACCCGUCCUUCCUGGGCCGCCUUAACACCGGCUUCGACGACUACGGGAGCGGCGGCGGCGGGCUGGGGUUCUUCGACGUGGCCACCGGGGGCACCGCGGCUGCUGCCGGCGGGUCUGGGAUCGGCAUGGCCCCACACUCGUGGCUGCUCAAGGAUGUCCCGAUGCUGGCGAGGGCGGUGGCAAGGGUUUUCCACGGCAUUGGGAGCGUUUCCUUCCCGGCGACCAAGUGGCGGGAGAGCGCCUUCUGGGCGAGAUAUCGACACCAUUCCUUCCGAGAGGUCAAAAGCAAGCUGGAGAUCGCGUUCGGAGCGCGAUGCCUAUAGCGCGUGUGCGGUUUCUGGCUCUGGUCGCUACCGCUGGGCUUGUGCAUCUCACUAACGUUUCGCCCGGUGAAGUUGGAUACUACCAGUGUUGCGCUUUGCAGUGCACCACGAGCCCGGCCCAACCAGAAGAAUAUCGGCAAACAAGAACGCCUGGGCGACGAGGCCAGGGACGAUACGUGGUUCUGGCAUCAUGGGCGUGCUUGACGUCCUCUUUCGGUCGCACGAGCAACGGAAUCGCAUGGGGGUUCGUGCCGAAAACCCCGCCGUGGCCUCAACGAACGGCCUUUAGAACGGUGCGCGUGAUAUAUCAUCUUUCGCUGAUGCUCCUUCGCAACAGGGCAAAACAAGCUCAGUC